GCGGGGCGGCCGGGGGCGGGGGCUGCUCGGCAGGCAGCGCCGCAGCCCCCCCGCACCGCACCGGCCCCGUCCAGCCCCGCCGCCGGGAUGAGGAGCCGCAGCGGGGGAGCCGCGGGGCUCGGGCACGGCGAUGGACGAGGUCUCUUCUAUGGACAUUGAACUCCCAGCUACCUAUGCCUAUUGCCUGUGAUGGAAGAACUUGAUGUUAAUGUGAGUUCGAAUGAGGGCUUUGGCAUAGUGGAGAAGAUCGUGCUGCUCACCUUCAUCUCCGCCGUUAUACUGAUGGCUAUCCUGGGGAACCUGCUGGUGAUGGUGGCCGUGUGCCGGGACAGGCAGCUCAGGAAAAUCAAGACCAAUUAUUUCAUUGUUUCCCUUGCCUUUGCGGACCUGCUGGUGUCAGUGCUGGUGAUGCCAUUUGGAGCCAUUGAGUUAGUGCAGGACAACUGGAUCUAUGGAGAGAUGUUCUGCCUGGUCCGAACAUCCCUCGAUGUCCUGCUCACCACAGCAUCAAUCCUGCACCUGUGCUGUAUCUCACUGGACAGGUAUUAUGCUAUCUGCUGCCAGCCUCUGGUUUACAGGAACAAGAUGACUCCGUUGCGCAUCACUGUAAUGCUUGGAGGGUGCUGGGUAAUCCCGACAUUUAUUUCUUUCCUCCCUAUCAUGCAAGGCUGGAAUAGCAUUGGCAUUAUUGAUCUGAUUCAGCAAAGGCAGUUCAACAAGGCUUCCAACUCCACUUACUGCAUAUUUAUGGUCAACAAGCCAUAUGCCAUUACCUGCUCUGUGGUGGCCUUCUACAUUCCCUUCUUCCUGAUGGUGCUGGCCUACUACCGCAUCUAUGUCACGGCCAGGGAGCACGCCCGCCAGAUCCGGGUGCUGCAGCGCGCGGGGGCCCCCACCGACGGCCGGCAGCACCACCCAGACCAGCACAGCACGCACCGCAUGAAGACUGAGACCAAAGCUGCCAAGACCCUGUGCAUCAUCAUGGGGUGCUUCUGCCUGUGCUGGGCCCCCUUCUUUAUCACAAACAUAGUGGACCCUUUCGUAAACUACACAGUGCCGGGCAAGCUGUGGACGGCUUUCCUGUGGUUGGGCUACAUCAAUUCAGGGUUGAACCCUUUCCUCUACGCCUUCUUGAACAAGUCUUUCAGACGUGCCUUCCUCAUCAUCCUGUGCUGUGGUGAUGAACGAUACCGAAGGCCUUCCAUCUUGGGGCAGACUGUCCCCUGUUCCACCACCACAAUAAAUGGAUCAACUCAUGUACUAAGGUACACUGUUUUACGUAAUGGGCAUCAUCAGGAACAUGAGAAGCUUCCCAUCCACAAUGACCCUGAAUCCCAAGAGUCCUGUUUUUAGUCCUGGUCCUAGAAGAGGAAUGGCCCAUGCUGAAGGAAGAGAUUGCUUUCAGGAUACCCAAAGGAUUCAUGAACAGCAGAACUUUCAUUCAUCUGCACUGUCAUGGUGCCUCCUGCACCGACUUCAUAUGAAUGUCCAGCUGCACGUGUGUCGAUUGAUGGGGGCAUGGGAAGGUACAUGAGCAGAAUGGAUGAGGAGACUUUCCUGUAUCUGCAAGGACAGCUGGACUGUAUGGCUGCAUCAGAGCCUUACACCAGGAGUGAGCUGAUUUCUGUCAAUGUAAGGAAACGACACAGAUACAAACCACCCAAUAUGGGGACUUCCAUUAUUCCUAUGUACAAGCCAUUGCUCUGUCCUGCCAUAUCAUGAUCUUAAAGAUUACAAGUUCUGGCUAAAGCCCUAACAUGAUGUGAGACUAAAUGCCUGCUUUACCUGCGCGAGAUCCUGUCCACCAGUGACCAGAUGCUGGCAGGAGAGGAACAGCACUAUGGAUUUUUUUAGCAAAAUCAGAGGAAAUAGUUACUGGUGAGAGGUCAGCAUGAGCUGCUGGUUCACCCUACCCUGCAGAGCUUUCUUUGUAAAUGCUUUUAUUGUGUUGCCUGGCAAAGUUCAUUGGUAGAAGACUCACAGGGUGUAUGUAGUGCCUGACAAGCUGGAGCAGGACCUACAGGGACAUUUCACCACUAACAGAAGGCCCUGCAAGUGCUCUGUCAAUCCAGCCCAGUUGCUAAAAGACAGUGGCCAUCCUCUGCCAUUCGGAGGCCAAUGGAUGGGAUGUGGCCCCCAAACCCCAGGCAAGCUGCCAGUGCUGUCCUCAUCUGAGCAAACUUUGGGCAUUCUUACCAUGAAGAAAGGUUGGCCCAGAGACACAGUCAGUCAGAUCACUAAGUGCCAUCUUGAAAAAUAUACCAUCUAAAAAACUUUUCUAGCUACAUUAGGAAGACAGACUUCUACUUACAUUUUCCAUCUUUAUUCUUCUAUUCGUUUCUGUUCUCUUCCAGUUGAGGCAAGAAGUUUCAAGACUUUCAAAUAUCACCAUAUGCACAUCUCUGUUUGCAAAGAUCUCAGUCCUUAGCUGCUUCCUGCAUGUAGAUGUUGCUAUGUUCCUUGUGAACUGCUUCCACCUAUGCAUGGAACAGGUAGGCAAGGCUGUAGACUUCGCAACUUUGGGAAAAUUAUUUUCAUGCAGCGGGAAAUAUGCAGGAACAAGACUACCAGCCUCUACCCUUUUUAGAUGAAGAUCUAACCCAGAGAUGCCACCCUGAGCCUAGAAAAUAAAAAUUGUACUUUGUUAUAUUGUGUAAUCAUGUACAGAUAUUUUUAACGUAAAAUGAAAAGGUGACAUUAUUUAUUUUUUUUUAUCAGGAACAUGUGGGUUUUUUCAUUAAAAGCUUCUAGACCCAGGAGCUUAACAUUAUAUGUAUUAUUAUUUAGUAAUAUUUCUGUUGCUAUGUGACAGGUAUUUAUGGUAAACAAACAAACAAAUCCUGCUUUGAACAAACCAAAAUGUUGCUCAAUAGCAAAAAAAAAUGUGCACGAUAAGAACAACUGGCUUCCUUGCCAAGGUGUCUGACUUCUUUAAAUACUUCUUCCACAUAAAAGUCCCUGAUAAAGCUUCACAUGAUUUUCCUUUAGCAUUCAAAAGGACCCUGGGCAGAAACAGCCCUAAUUAGAAGCAGCUAGACACUUACCAAUGUAGAAAAUUGCUAGCAGUUAGAAAGUGACAAACUAUUGGUGUUUGUGGUGAUAGAUGCUGGUGGGAAGAACAUGAGCUAUUUUUUCUGAAAAGAGAGGGUGAGAGAGUUUGAGCCAGUUCCUGGUUCAUCAUUAGAAACAGUUCAGCAACGACCUGUUUUUACAGGGUUGUGUUUCAAAAAAAAAAAAUCAUUAUCAGUUCAACUCUACUGUUAACACCAGACAGAGCAGUGGGUGAAAAAAAUAGGCCAUUAUUGAAAGUUUGGAAAAAAUCCAUCCAGGGCUACUUCAGUCCUAUGAUCUACACCUCUAUUGAACUGCUCACAUGGGUUUUUGUCUGGAUUUGGGUACGCAAGACUGUAGAACAGGUUGUCUUGGUUUCACCUCAAGUACCAAAUGUCUUAAAGAAAUCCUAGAAAACCUUUGCUCUGUCGCCAUUAUAAGGCAGCAAAAUAUUGGUGUGAAAUUUCUCAGAGUGACACGGAACCAGCAGCAUGGGGAUGCUAUAGUGAUGGUGUUCUUUGUUUCCACUGUUGUCCUUGAAGUGUUGUUUUCUCCUAUAUUUUUUUGCGCUUUAGUAAUCUAUCUCUUCUUAAUUUAAAAUUAACUUCUCAACACUGAAUUUUACUCAUGGGCAAUGUUCAGAAGGCUCUAUAAAUGGGAUCAGUAGCUCACUAGCCAAAAUGGUCAACAGCUCUUAACUGGAAAAAAGGCUCCAAUUCCAAACACUGUAUUUGAAUGAAAUACCAAACACAAAAUGUCCAUGUUCUUUGUCAUCUCUGGCUAAUAGCUCGUUGGACUCAGGAAGCCUGUCAUGAACCACCGGACAGCUCCUGCUUAAUAAGUCAAUAAUCUCAGCAAUGCUGCUGCGAACCCAACAAAUGACGCUGUCCCUGAUAAUGUUAGAAUUUCUAUGGAAAAGCAGCUGUCGCAUGGCAAGGACCCGUACUUGAUUUCCUUUGCAAAAGGUAGCUGCUCCUGUACCCUGAGUUCAUCUUCCCAUUGACCAUUUCGGCUACCGAUGUCAGUCUUCACCUGUGCUGAAUAAUGUGUAACACAUUGGCUGUUUCUAGAAAUAAAAAAUCUCCUAUUUACAUUGC